CCAUGCAUAGUUUUGACUGUUCUUCAUAGUGAAUUUAUUGUUUAUUUUGACGGACUGGUAGAAUUAAAUAUUUUUUGGAAAACAGGAUAUUUCUUCCUUUGUAAUGUCUCAUGAUCGAGAAAUUCUGCGACUAAUAUGGGAGGGGCAAAUACCGAUAUGUUUUCAGGCUGAUUCUGAAGAAAUUGUUGGCUUACAACAACCGGAGAAUUUCUAUUUAAUGGUUUCGCGGUUAAGCUAUUUACCAUUAGUAACAGAUAAGGUGAAAAAAUAUUUUAGCCGGUAUAUUUCUCAUGAACAAGACAGAAAUGUGUGGUUUGAUUACAAUGGAAUCCCCUUAAAAUUGCAUUAUCCAAUUGGAGUUCUUUACGAUCAGUUGCAUCCUGAUGAGGAUGGCGUUCCUUGGAACCUUACUAUACAUUUUUCGAAAUUCCCCGAAGACUUAUUGGUAAAAAUGUCAACUAGGGAAUUGUUGGAAUCACAUUUUAUGUCAUGCCUAAAGGAAGCCGAUGUUCUUAAGCAUCGAGGUCAAAUAAUAUCUUCAAUGCAAAAAAAGGAUCACAAUCAACUCUGGCAAGGUCUGGGUAAUGACAAGUUUGAUCAGUUUUGGGCAAUUAAUCGGCGUCUAAUGGAGCCAAAUGGGGAGCAAGAAACCUUUAAAUACAUUCCUGUACGAUUUUAUUCGGAAGAAGAUGCCUACGUACAAAAGUUAAUAACACCUUUAAAUAAAAACGGACAAAAGAAAACACUUGGUGAAAUGAUUACUGAGUUAUCGUCGCCGCUUAAGAAAGUUGUUGAAGUCCGAACACAUGGUAUCAGCAUUCACGAUGAAGCACAUUUACAGUGGUUAUCCGAGCAUCUUAGUUAUCCAGAUAAUUUUUUACACUUAUUUUUAGUCUAUGAUAGUAACCCUUAAUAUUUUAAACAUGUAAGUAAAGUUACAAAGUCAUAAAGUUUCUUUUGUUCGAUUUGGUUAGCAGUAAAGAGUGAUUCGUAAAAGC